CGGAGGGCAGGGCAGGGCGUGCGUCCCGGGGAACGCGCGGGCGGCCGGGCCCUCCGCACCAUGUACACCAUCACCAAGGGGCCCAGCAAGCUGGUCGCGCAGCGCCGCACAGGUCCCUCGCAGCAGCAGGUGGAGAGCCGGCUCGGCGAGCUCCUGAAAUGCCGGCAGCCCGCGCCGCCGACCCCAGCGCCCCCGCGGGCGCAGCCGCCGGGACCCUGGCCCCUGUCGAGUCCAGGGCCAAGGCUUGUGUUCAAUCGGGUGAAUGGCCGGCGGCCCCCUGCCACAUCUCCAUCCCUUGAGGGAACCCAAGAGACUUAUACACUGGCCCAUGAGGAAAACGUCCGGUUUGUUUCUGAAGCUUGGCAGCAAGUGGAGCAGCAGCUGGGCAGUGGCCCAGCUGGCACUAGUGGGCCUAGGCCUGUGCAGUACGUGGAGAAGACCCCCAACCCCCGGCUGCAGAACUUCGUGCCCAUUGACCUGGACGAGUGGUGGGCGCAGCAGUUCCUGGCCAGAAUCACGAACUGCUCCUAGCUGCCUUGGAAGGAGUGUCCGUGCAGGGCCUGGCUCUGCCCUGUGGUGGACCUCGCCCCCCCGCCAGGAGAGGACGUCGGAGUCCUGUGUAGCCACUGCGGCAGACCGUCCCUCACACUGAGUCUGGCCAGGAGCCAUCCACACCUGAAGUGCCAGCAUUUGGACUUUUGCACCUGGUGACCCCUUGGACCAGCUUUCGUGUGCUGCCAGGGGCCAGGAGCUGAAUCUGUCUGACCUCAGUCCUGCUCACUGUGCCCAGGGUCCAGGCCCUGGGGCUGGCAGGGAGGAGCUCCAGGCUAAUAAAUUUGAGAAACUGCC